GUAGUUUUUAACCACGUGUAUUUCGGUAUAUGGUGACUGUUUUCUUUUAAUGUUUUAUGAUUUAAGUUAUUGUGACUGUUUUUAUUAUUAGUAGGACUGCUAAUGAUUUUCCUGAAGCAGUAAUUAUAUGCACUUUUGCGGAAUGUUUUUAUUUUAAUGUUUCGUCAGUUUAUUCAUCAGUUUUCAUAUAAAUAUUGUAAUUAUGUUAACGAAGGAAAUUCGUGAAGAGCUGCAGCUUCAGUCUGCAGAUAAAGAAAAUGACAUUAAGUCAAGCAUUGGCGAUGCUUUAAAUUUCGAAUCCGAAGAAAAUAUUUCUGUUGAUGUGAGAUCUGAAAAUGUUGAAAACAAUAAUGAAAUACAAGUGGAAGUCAGAGACAAUGAUUUCACUUCGAGUUCAGACGAAGAGGGAUAUGAAAGUGAAGAAAUACUAUCUAUUGAUAAAACCAAAACUAAAAAACGAAUUUAUUUCUGCACUGAAGAAAAUUGUCAAGCAAAAUUUACUAGAAUUGAUCGCUUAAAAAGCCAUAUGGGUACUCAUUUUUCUGGAGAGAGACCUUUUGUUUGUUUUCAUGAUGAUUGUACAAAACGUUACACAAGAGAAUGGCAUUUAAGGAGACAUAUACAAGCUGUGCAUACAGUUAAAGAAGAAAGUGAUGAAAAAUUAAAAAUUUCAUGUUUUAGAUGUCCAUUUUCAUCAUGUGAAAAAUUAUUCAAAACUCAGCGUACACUAAAUAAACAUGUAAAAAAUAUACAUGAGAAAAGAAAAUAUGUGUGUUCAGUUUGUUCAAAACCAUUCAGAAAGAAUCAGCAUCUGAAGAGUCAUGAAUAUGAACAUACUGGAAUUAAACCAUUUCUUUGUCAACAUGAAGGUUGUGGUAAACGUUUUAUUGUUCCAAGUAAACUUAAGCGUCACAUGAAAAUUCAUGAAGGUUACAAAUGUGAUGUUGAUGAAUGUAAUGCUGUAUUUGAAACUUGGACACUUUUAGUUCAGCAUAGGAAAACUUCUCAUCCACUAAAUUAUACAUGUGAUAUAUGCAAGAAAAAAUUUAAAACAAGAUUUAAUCUUCAAAAUCAUCUUACAGUGCAUGAAGAAAAUAGAAUUGUAUUUCAUUGCUCUUAUGAAAAUUGUUCAAAAUUUUAUUUUGUUAAAAGAAAUUUAUCUUCACAUAUAAAAAUACACCAUGAAGGACGUAAAUUUUCAUGUCCUCAUGAAGGUUGCAAUGAACAGUUUGCAUAUAAGAAAUCACUUAAAUAUCAUUUGAAACUUCAUUCUGAAGGAAAUACUGAAAAAUUGAAAUCUAGAAGAAAUCGAAAUCGAAGUGCUCGUUAUAAGGACAAAAGAAAGAAAUUGAAAAAGAAAGAAGCAGAUUACGCAGCAUUUUUAUCGGGUUUUGAUUCAUCCAAGAAAGCAGAUGAAGAUCUUAAUGCCUGACUUAAUUUCUACACAAAAGAAAAAAUUAAAAACCAUAUUACAUGCACACUAUUGGCAUGUUAGGACAUAAAAAUAAUCUCAGAAGUAAGAAAUUUUAUAUUUGGUUGGUUGAACUGAGUAUGUAUCAUUUUCACAACAACAGGCAUUUGAGAAAUUAAAGUCAUACAAUUCUUUACUUAGUAAAAAAACCUUUGUUUUUAUUGAACAAACUUUCUUACUGAACAUUUGCAAGAAAGGUAAAGAAAAGGAACUGUUUACAGUUUACUUAUAUGUAUAGCUAAAUCUAGAGUGUGUCUACACUAAUAUACUGAGUGUUAUACAGUUUUCAAUUACUUUCAGACUCACUCAUGAAAUUCCCUAAAACAAUUUGACUUUUUGUUCAAGCAUAGAUGGAGGUUACACUUAAUGCACAUGAACAUAGUCUAUCCUUUAUAUUUGGAACUUUUGUAUUUUUGUUUCACUUACAAAAAUCAAUGACUCACUCCAUCAGUUCCACAAAUCAGGUAUACGUUUUGUUGGACCCUUUUACUUUUUCAUUUGUAAUUCUUUCUUCAUACUUCCAGAUGCCUACCUCUUUUUUUUCUUGUCAUAUCUUUUCCUUCCUUACAAAGAUCUGCAAUUCUGGAUUUAAACUUUAAGUUUCCCUUGAAAGCAGUUAAUAGAUGAUUGGCAUGAUUCUAUUGUUAAAGGAAAAGUAGGAUGUACAUGGUCAAGCCACUACUAAUUUGAAAAUGGGGAGCAUAUAUUUUAAAUUAAAUAAAUUAAAAAUGAUUAAAAAUUGCAACCCAGCAUUGUGACAAUGUAAUAAUAAUUGUUUGUUUCGAUUUGAGUCUAAUCAAAUCAUCCUGAAGAGGAUAGUUGUAAGUUUUCAAAAGUACUUGCAGUUUUUGAAUAAAAUGUUGGUUUUAAUGCUGUAAGACAGAAUAUGUUACAUCAUAAAAUUAUGCUAGAUUAUUAUUUGGUGUGAGGUGCAAUUAACUUUCUCAUCUGUUGUUGAUAUGUGUCCUGUGCUAGUAGCAAAUAUUCAUCACCACUGUCAUCAAUGCCACUGAGACAGCUAUCAUCACUCUUGUUUGCAGAUGGUAUAGAAGUUUUCAAAGGUAAAUGUUUUGAACCAUAAAAGCUUGUCCCUCUGUCUAAAAAAUAGAAAGUAUUGAGUAGUAGCAGACAUUCAAUAUCAUGCCAACAAUAAACCUGUAAUCAUUCCAACCCAUUAGCUCACACCAACUUGUGACCUCAUGGGGUCAACUGUACUGUUUAUUUCAUACCUUCACAACAGAUCUGUUUUACACAUUUUUUGUAACAAAAUAUUUUCUUAAAUGAAUUGAAUUUUUGUAUAUAUAUAUAUGUAUAUAUAUAUAUAAUGAGGGAUCUGGAUUCUGGGACUUCACACAAUCAUCACAGAAUUCCAAAGUGCACAGGUUUCCAUAUAAAAGAAUUAAUUUGGAAUGAUGAGAAUUUGCAACAUUCAGUAUUAAAGAGUUAAGAAGGCUGACAAGAAAACUGCAUCUACUACUCAAGUAAUAGAAGUAACAUCUGAAUGUGAUAAAACAGUGCUUAAAAAAUUGUCACCUGAAAAUUCAGGUACUGAAUUAAAAGUGAGAAUCUGCUGUCGUAAAUUAUGUUGAUGCUUCAAAUAAUAAAUUUUUGUGAUAAAA